GAUACUAGUGUCAACACCAACAGUUAGCCGUUAAUCAAAUCUACACAUCCCAUCUCUCUCUGCCAUCUUCUUCGCUCUUUCAUCUUCAAACUAAUAAUAAUAAUAACCCACACAAUCCAUCUCUCUUUCUUUUCGCCUCUUCCGAGAAACAAACAAGCUCAAUGGGGCAAAUUCUGUAGCAUCUGCAACUUCCUUUUUCUUUUUUCAAUGGUGAUAUAGUCAGAUUUCAAUUCACCCGCUCCCGAGCAAGAUGGCUGGUUUCAAGGAAAUUGCAGGAACUCUUAUGUGGAGAGGUGGAGGGGAGGACUUGGGGGCUUUUUAUCCAAUCAGACCAGAAUGCAAAGCAGAUACCCCAAAGACCCGCUUUAAGUCCAGGGCUGGGAAAACUCUUAGUGCAAGAAGAUGGCAUGCUGCAUUCUCUGAAGAUGGGCAUUUGGAUAUAGCAAAAGUGCUGAGACGAAUCCAACGCGGGGGUGUUCAUCCUUCAAUCAAGGGAUUAGUCUGGGAGUUCUUGUUAGGCUGCUAUGAUCCUAGCAGCACGUUUGAAGAACGAAAUCAACUCAGGCGAUUCAGGAGGGAGAAGUAUGGGACAUUAAAAGCAAAAUGCCAGGAACUGGUUCCUAUUCUUGGUAGCGGAAAGUUUCUCAUGACACCCGUCAUUGCUGAUGAUGGCCAACCGAUACAAGAUUCUGGGAAAGAUGAGGAUAUACAAGGUGUAGUAUGGCAUGUUAAAACUAUGGUUUCAGACAGGAAAGUGCUCCAGUGGAUGCUUACAUUGCAUCAAAUUGGCUUGGAUGUUAAUCGUACAGAUCGAGCUCUUGAAUUUUAUGAGAAUGAAACAAAUCAGGCAAGACUUUGGGAUGUGCUUGCUGUUUAUUCCUGGAUGGAUGAUGAAAUUAGUUAUGUUCAAGGAAUGAAUGAUAUUUGCUCUCCAAUGAUAAUUCUUCUUGAAAAUGAAGCAGAUGCCUUCUGGUGUUUUGAGCGCACAAUGCGAAGACUGAGGGAAAACUUUAGAUGCAGCACAAGCUCAAUAGGUGUACAAACCCAACUUAGUACCCUCUCGCAAAUAAUUAGAACAAUUGAUCCAAAGCUUCAUCAACAUCUUGAGGAUCUUGAUGGUGGUGAAUAUCUGUUUGCAUUUCGGAUGCUGAUGGUACUUUUCCGAAGAGAAUUCUCCUUUGUUGAUGCACUGUAUCUUUGGGAGCUGAUGUGGGCAAUGGAGUACAACCCAAACAUCUUCGCAACAUAUGAGGAACCAGAGAAGAGUACUGCCACUGCACCUGAAUUAAAUGAUAAGCAUCUGAAGCAAUGUGGAAAAUUUGAAAGAAAGUAUGUGAAGACUGGGAGUACAGAGGAGCACAGUGCACUUGCUGUUUUUGUUGUUGCAAGUGUUCUCGAGACAAAGAAUAAGCAACUUUUAAGGGACGCCAAGGGUCUAGAUGAUGUUGUGCAGAUAUUGGGGAACAUCACAGGCAAUCUAGAUGCUAAAAAGGCAUGUAAAGAGGCACUGAAGAUUCAUGACAAGUACUUGAGAAGGGCCAAGAAGUAAGAGAUUGCUUUGGGGAGUUACCUACCUGUAAUCCAAUUUUGGCUUGAAAUUUUGAUCUAAUUUUUUGCUUGAGAUCGACAUGUAUUUUUAUUAGAAUUCUGUGUCAGAGUUGUUUGUAGAAUUGGCAACAGGUGCAAUUUACUGAGGGUUUCCCAUGGCAGA